CUCUUCCCCGUCUCUGGACCAUGGGUCAAUGGAGUCUUUCUCAGCAAGACGAUGUCCUCCGUCUGAAAUUCAAGACCCUUGUAAUGGGCGCCAUCAAGAGAAAGAAGUUGGAGAAGGAUGACCAUCAAAUCUCAUAUGAGACGUUUGUGAAGGAGCUUGACGAGGGUGAUUCGUUCACUGCGACACUUAUAGACGUGCUUGUCAACGAAAUGGCAGAUCGUCGCACGCGUAAGGAGAAGCUCGACCGACGGCUAAUAUCCGAGCAUACAGCCAAAAUUCUCCGCAUGCAAGCAGCGCCGCUGCACAUAUAUCGUGGUCGUCGCGGUUUCCGUCGUUACCUCGAUCGACCGGGCUUCAACGUCGCCUACACAGAUCUUGUGGCAGAGAUCACGGAUGAGGAAGACGAGCAUGUGGACCAUCGUAGUGCUCAUAGUGAGGUUGAGGCGCCCCUGGAAGGUGUUCGCCUGGGCACAGAGCUGUACGACGCCUUUGCUACGAGGUCCUACGAAGCGCCUUCGUACGAUGUCCUGGGCAAUGUUGCUCCCUCUGAGACGAGCUCGCUAGCCUCCAGAUCUCUAGACGUGGCAGAGGGGGGUCCUGCUGCAACCGUGACCAGCCCACGUCCUCUGUCUCCCAUGUGGUCGUCUAUCGCGUCUCGCACAAGUUCCUGGCCGCAUAAUGCCUCUGCUGGCCCCUCCACCCUGACCCGGCAGAAUUCGAUCCGUCGGCCAUCGCGUUCACGGACAAUCGACUUCAAUGAGUUUACGCAGAGACGCCGGUCGUCAAUACGACAAUCCGUAGAAGAGCAAGACAAUGUGCGGGCAGAAGACUCCUCAGACGGGACCUGGAGGUUUACUCACACCCUUGACACCGCCGGAACUGAAGAAUCUGCCUCGUCAUCAACGUCAUGGUCCCCCGGGCCUUACGCGAGCUGGCUGAGCGACACCUUCCGAGGUCGCCAGCCGCGCCGAACAGAGAUAGCAGGCUCUUUUCCUUGGAGUCCCGAGCCUUCAGAGCCUUCUGGAGAUAAUCACGAUACGGCUUCUCAUGGAACCUCGACCGCCGAUAAUAUGAGCUCAUCACAACUGUUGCAUUUGUUCACGGGCUCUGCGCCUGUGGCAUCCGAGGGUAUCGGUGGGCCUGCUAGCAGAAGGGCUAGUAUUGCAGACGUUACUGAAGCUCGGAGACACGUUAUCGCUCCUCGGCUUCGCAGAGGUGGUCUACGACCGCCUGAGACGCUGUUAUCCCGCUACGCCUCUCCUGCCAUCAUGGAGUACGGCCUAGGGGAGAGUUCGGCGUACGCGCGAGACAUUGAACUGAAUGGAUCUCGCGUGCAAGUUUCUAGCCCUUCACCCCCUAACUCAGACCAGAGGGACGAUGCAUCGACGCUGGAGGACUCGACGAGCAGCGAUGUUGUACAACUGCCGACCCCAAGGUCGGCCACACCGGCCACGGACCCAUCCAAUGUGCUCUGAAUGUAUUGUCUGUAGAAAGUCGUUCGGUUUCGUGUUUGGGAGCUGUAGAACAUUGCCUCCUAUUGCGGCUCUGGGGUACUUACUAUAGACAAUUUUUGUGUGCAUUCAAUAAAAUUCAAAAUGACACCAAGCUUAUGGGCGCU